ACCGCCCUUAUCAGCAUUUUCUAGCAACACUCAACAUUGUGAAACUUUUUCUCUCUUUAGUGUCUUCUCUGCUUUUAUGCUAGUGUGUUACUGAACAUGGAAGGAGGAGUACCAGAAGCUGAUGUUUCUGCUUUCAGAGAAUGCUUAUCUCUAUCAUGGAAAAACCCUUAUGUUCUUUGCCUUGCUUUCUCUGCUGGAAUUGGAGGGUUUCUCUUUGGUUAUGACACUGGAGUGAUAUCUGGGGCUCUUUUGUAUAUCAGAAAUGAUUUCAAAGCUGUGGAUAGAGAGACUUGGCUGCAGGAAGCCAUAGUGAGUACGGCAUUAGCAGGAGCAAUCAUUGGAGCCUCAGUGGGUGGAUGGAUUAACGAUCGAUUUGGAAGGAAAAAAGGAAUCAUACUUGCAGAUACCCUCUUCUUUAUUGGUUCUGUUAUCAUGGCUGCUGCUACAAAUCCAGCUAUUCUCAUUGUUGGUAGAGUUUUUGUUGGACUUGGUGUUGGAAUGGCUUCAAUGGCAUCCCCUUUAUACAUCUCAGAAGCAUCUCCAACUAGAGUUCGAGGAGCACUAGUUAGUCUCAAUGGAUUUCUUAUCACUGGUGGACAAUUCCUUUCUUACCUUAUCAACUUGGCCUUCACAAAUGCACCAGGAACAUGGAGGUGGAUGUUAGGAGUUGCAGCAGCACCAGCUUUGACGCAAAUCGUACUCAUGCUUAUGCUCCCAGAAUCACCUCGUUGGCUAUUUCGAAAGGGAAAAGAAGAAGAAGCUAUAGAAAUUUUAAGGAAGAUUUACCCUCCCCAGGAUGUUGAAGAUGAAAUUAAUGCAUUGAAGGAAUCAAUUGAAAUGGAAAUCAAGGAAGCUUCAGCUUCAGAUAAGAUCAGCAUACUGAAGCUGCUGAAAACCAAAACUGUAAGAAGAGGUUUAUAUGCAGGAAUGGGGCUUCAAAUCUUCCAACAAUUUGUUGGUAUCAAUACUAUAAUGUACUACAGCCCUGCCAUUGUUCAAUUAGCUGGUUUUGCAUCCAAUCGUGUAGCACUACUUCUGUCACUUGUCACAGCUGGGCUAAAUGCAUUUGGUUCUAUUUUGAGCAUAUAUUUUAUUGAUAAAACUGGGAGGAAGAAGCUUCUGCUAUUCAGUUUGUCUGGUGUUGUAGUCUCCCUUGUUGUUUUAACUGUUGUGUUCAAUCAAACUACAAGUCACUCCCCAAUGGUUAGCACAAUUGAAACCUCUCACUUCAAUAACACAUGUCCUGAUUAUAGAACAGCUUUGAACCCUGCUGAAUGGGAUUGCACGAAAUGCCUCAAAGCUUCUUCAGAGUGUGGCUUUUGUGCUUCUGCAUCUAAUAAGCUCUUACCUGGGGCAUGCUUAAUCUCCAAUGACACAACAGAAGAUCAAUGCCAAAAGGAACACAGACUAUGGUACACUAAGGGAUGUCCUAGCAAAUAUGGAUGGCUUGCAAUAAUUGGCCUUGCACUCUACAUCUUAUUCUUCUCGCCAGGGAUGGGAACUGUUCCAUGGGUUGUUAACUCAGAGAUCUAUCCCUUGAGGUACAGAGGAAUCUGUGGAGGAAUGGCAUCUACCUCAAAUUGGGUUUCAAAUCUCAUUGUUGCACAGUCCUUCCUAUCCUUGACAGAUGCUAUUGGGACUUCAUUCACAUUCAUGAUAUUUAUAUUCAUCACCAUUGCAGCCAUUAUCUUUGUCAUUAUUUUUGUGCCAGAAACCAAAGGACUUCCAAUGGAGGAAGUGGAGAACAUGCUUGAAAGAAGAUCUCUUAACUUUAAGUUUUGGCAAAGAAGUUCUGACUCUGGUGAAGUACUGAAACAAAAGACUCAAUCAGUUUGAGUCAAUGAGUUGUAUCAUGGUAUUAAUGUAUAGAUAGUAGGGAACUAUGGGAUUGGACAAUAAUGUUAGAAGAGUAAGAUGUCGCAUGUUAGAUUAGCAUUAUAGAUAUAUUACAUUAUCUUUAAAAUUUAUAUUAAAAAUUUUAAAAUUUGGGUAUUUGUGUAUGCUGUUUGGUGAACCAAGUUAGUAUGUGGAAUCCACAAAAUUACAGUACCAUUUAUGGAUCUCAGAUUUCAAGAAAGGAAAU